AUGGCUUCACUGAGGAGAGUCAAAGUGUUGUUGGUGUUGAACUUGAUCGCGGUGGCCGGCUUCGUGAUCUUUUUGGCUAAGUGUCGGCCUAUCGCGGUGCGCAGCGGAGACGCCUUCCACGAGAUCCGGCCUCGCGCAGAGGUGGCCAACCUCAGCGCGCACAGCGCCAGCCCCAUCCAGGAUGCGGUCCUGAAGCGCUUGUCGCUGCUGGAGGACAUCGUCUACCGGCAGCUUAAUGGCUUAUCUAAAUCUCUCGGGCUCAUCGAAGGGUAUGGUGGGCGGGGCAAAGGGGGCCUUCCAGCCACCCUUUCCCCCUCUGAAGAAGAAAAAGCCAAAGGACCUCAUGAGAAGUAUGGCUACAAUUCCUACCUCAGUGAAAAGAUCUCCUUGGACCGGUCUAUUCCAGAUUAUCGUCCUACCAAGUGUAAGGAGCUCAAAUACUCCAAGGAGUUGCCCCAGAUAUCCAUCAUCUUCAUCUUCGUGAAUGAGGCCCUGUCUGUGAUACUGCGGUCAGUCCACAGCGCUGUCAAUCACACACCCACACACCUGCUGAAGGAGAUCAUCCUGGUGGAUGACAACAGUGAUGAAGAGGAGCUGAAGGCCCCCUUGGAAGAGUAUGUCCACAAACGCUACCCUGGGCUGGUGAAGGUGGUACGCAAUCAAAAGAGAGAGGGCCUGAUCCGAGCACGCAUCGAGGGCUGGAAGGCGGCCACUGGCCAGGUCACUGGCUUUUUUGAUGCUCAUGUGGAAUUCACUGCUGGCUGGGCUGAGCCCGUUCUGUCCCGCAUCCAGGAAAACCGGAAGCGGGUCAUCCUCCCCUCCAUCGACAACAUCAAGCAGGACAACUUUGAAGUGCAGCGCUACGAGAACUCCGCCCACGGGUACAGCUGGGAGCUGUGGUGCAUGUACAUCAGCCCCCCGAAAGACUGGUGGGAUGCUGGAGAUCCCUCUCUCCCCAUCAGAACACCAGCCAUGAUUGGCUGCUCGUUUGUGGUGAACAGGAAAUUCUUUGGUGAAAUUGGUCUGCUGGACCCUGGGAUGGAUGUGUAUGGAGGAGAGAAUAUUGAACUUGGAAUCAAGGUAUGGCUCUGUGGUGGCAGCAUGGAGGUCCUUCCGUGUUCAAGGGUGGCCCACAUUGAGCGAAAGAAGAAACCGUAUAACAGCAACAUCGGCUUCUACACCAAGAGAAAUGCACUCCGAGUGGCUGAGGUCUGGAUGGACGACUACAAGUCACACGUGUAUAUAGCGUGGAAUCUGCCUCUGGAGAAUCCAGGCAUCGAUAUCGGUGAUGUCUCAGAAAGAAAAGCAUUAAGGAAAAGUUUGAAGUGUAAGAACUUCCAGUGGUACUUGGACCAUGUUUACCCGGAAAUGAGAAGAUACAACAACACUAUCGCAUAUGGGGAGCUUCGUAAUAAUAAAGCCAAGGAUGUCUGCCUGGACCAGGGACCACUAGAAAACCACACAGCAAUACUGUACCCAUGCCACGGCUGGGGACCACAGCUUGCCCGCUAUACCAAGGAAGGCUUCCUGCAUUUGGGUGCUCUGGGGACCACCACUCUCCUCCCCGAUACCCGCUGCCUGGUGGACAACUCUAAAAGUCGGUUGCCACAGCUCCUGGAUUGUGACAAGGUCAAGAGCAGCUUGUACAAGCGAUGGAACUUCAUCCAGAAUGGAGCCAUCAUGAAUAAGGGCACGGGGCGCUGCCUAGAGGUGGAGAACCGGGGCCUGGCUGGCAUCGACCUAAUCCUUCGGAGUUGUACAGGACAGAGAUGGACAAUCAAGAAUCCCAUCAAGUAG